AGACGCACUAAGUUGAGGCAGAAUCAUGAGCUUACAGCUGACUGUGAAGGAGGAAAUGGUGGAGAGGUUUCUGGAUGCAGCUGCCAGAGGAGACCUGAUGCAGGUGUCCAUGCUGCUGUCUCAAUCACCCUCACUCAUCAACCACCAGGGACACAACAGCUGGACAGCACUGAUGUUUGCCGCUCGUAAUGGACACCAUCAGGUGGUGGAGACGCUGCUGUCACAUGGGUGUGACAAGCUAUUAAUGAACAGCUCUUCGCAGACUGCCUUAGACAUCGCCAAAUUUUGGGGCCAUCGACACAUCGCCAACCUGAUAGGCUGCACAGAUGACCAUCAGCGCAUCUUGCUGAAUGCUGACCUCAGCCAGCAGGAGAACUACUUUGGCAGAGAAACACUGGACAGGCAGAGUGAGAAACGAACAGAUGUGGUCUGGUUGGAAUCCAAACAGUGUCACCCAGACUCUGUGUACCUCCUGUUCUCCAAGCUCAGCCCAAUGGUCAGCACUUCCCAGGACGACGAAAGCACAGAGGGUGAGACCAAGCUGUGUCGAUUCAGAUAUGAAGCAGUUAAAGACCUCCUACAGAAACCAGCCACAGUUCUCAUUUUUUUAGGAGUGGAGAAGAGGGGAAAAUCCUCCUUUUCCUCCUCUCAGACCGUCUGGGAGCCUCCUGCUUGGUUUGCUUUCAGCACAGAUGAAGAUCCGGUUGAUCUUCUCAAACGUUGCAGAGAGAACUGCUGUUUCCCCAAAACAGCCCGCAGAGACCUCCUGAAACUUAGCGAGGAAGAGGCCGGAGUGGUGGCUCAAGCUCGGGCCAUGUUGGCCUGGCACAGCCACUACAGCUUCUGUCCGACUUGUGGCAGCAUCACCAAGCUGGAGGAGGGUGGAUAUAAGAGGACGUGCUUGAACGCCGAGUGCAGGAGCCUGCAAGGGAUUCACAACACCUCCUACCCACGAGUUGAUCCAGUGGUCAUCAUGCUGGUGAUUCACCCUGAUGGAAACCAGUGUUUACUGGGACGGAAGAAGAGCUUCCCAGGUGGCAUGUUCUCCUGUCUGGCUGGAUUCAUAGAACCUGGGGAGACAAUGGAGGCAGCGGUGAGACGGGAGGUGAAGGAGGAGAGUGGCGUGAAGGUUGGCCCGGUUCAGUACAUCUCCUCUCAGCCGUGGCCGAUGCCAUCCAACCUCAUGAUUGGCUGCCUCGCUGUCGCCAUAUCAACAGAGAUCAGAGUGGAUGAGAAUGAGAUAGAGGAGGCUCAGUGGUUCUCUCGCCAACAGGUGAUUGACACAUUGUUCGGAGGUGGCAAAUCAGCCUUCACCACCCCUCCCAGACAAGCCAUCGCCUACCAGCUAAUCAGGCACUGGAUUGACAUGAACUCGAAACUCUGAUCUUCAACUUCCAGUGUUUGCUGCUGCCUGUGAAGGAUGUUUCUGAAUACUGCAGGAUACACACAACAGUUUAAAUUACUGCCAAAACUGGAUCAGCCUUCACCUGAGGGAGAAUGUUAUGGAAUGCAGAAUUCAAACGAAAAGUACCUCCAGGUUCCUUGUAACAUUGUUCCUUGUAAAAUUUCAGCCCUCACAUCAGAGUGGCUAAUUAUUAUGAUAUCAAUCAGCUCACCUACUUUUAAUAGAACAAGAUUCUAAUCACAACAAAAUCUGUAAAAGCAGGAGAAUUUAGUCCAACAAACUGUCUUCUGUCUUAGAGAUGUCCCUGUUUUACAAGUGUGCACUAGCCUGUGUCUAUAUUAAAGUAUAAAAUUCACUAUCUGAUA